AAAGGGGAGGGAGCUGAGCUGUGUGCUGGUUUCCAGUAACUCUUGGGAGUCUUUGAAGCUCAUGGAGAGGUUUUAAGUAUAUAAAGACAGAAAGAGCUGUAUGUGUGGGGAGGGUGCUGGCUGCCUAUUAUGGCCUAUGGGAGUGGAGCCUGGGGAGAGGAAGUGAGAAAGCUAGGUCUGCAAAGAGCAGAGCUUGUUAAAUAACAAGAGCUGGAAGGAUGAGAAGGAGUUGUGGUGGUUGGAAGUUUUAAGACUGACUGGGUGAAAAGUACAAGCCUGCGGUGUAAAUGUUGAGCGGAGGAGAGUGGGCUGUGUGAUGGAGGUGGGAGUGGGAUGCAGCUCUGCACUGAGGGGAACAAAGAGUAAGGGGCUGUAAUGGCUGGAGGGUGCUUGCCCAGCUCUUUCCUCAGGCAGGAGUUGGUCAGAACUUGGUGAGUUCACCCCUCACCUGUACAUGCUGUUAGCACUGUUGAUACUGAUUUGGCCAUUGCAAAAUCCUCUUCUCCUUUUUUCCCUUCUUGUCAUCUUCCCAAGACUUGAGUCUCAUUGUGCAAGAUGAUCCCUGGCUGUAGGAGUGAACUAAGGUUCUGUACUACAGGGACAUUGGGCAAUGUUGGUUUUACUUGAAACAUAGAAGUUGUGUGUUUAACAAACUAUCUGUUUGCAAGAAAAGUUUAAAUCUUGUUGCUAAAGCAGAGUGGCGUCUUAGAAAAUUAAUUUCUGGUUGUGCCACUAUCUUCUCAUUGUGAAGAACAGUUACAGGGAUGACACCAGAGUACUCUAAUGCUGACAAAUUUAAUGUUUGUAAGGCUUAUGGUUGAUUAAUACAAUUUAACUCCUGCUCCUCAGAAGCCCUGUGAAUGUCUGUUGUGCAGUAGUCUGCAAUCCUAUAGGGAACCGCAGAAAUCAAGGCAGAGUGGCAUGAGCUGACAAAAGGCAGGUCCUGGCUGGCACACUUGGUAUGUCUGUUCUGGAUAGAAAAACGAACCCACUAAGGUCCAGGAGGGCAGUGUGGGUAUUUUGACAGUCAGGUGCUUCUGCGGAACAAAGUGCAGAUGGAGAUUUAAUAUCCAAGCAUUCCAGUGCUUUCUGAAACAUCUUCUAGGUCACACAACCCUGCCAAUACAGGAGGGGCCACAUGGUUCCCAGACCAGCGUAUCAGAUGGUGUACGGUAAGUUUACGCAUCUGUCUGCUCUUUUGUUUUUACACUGGGGGUGCAUCUGUGUGGCUGAGGCUCUUCUGAGAUGGUCUUAGAGGGCAGCAAUGGGAAAGGAAGAAGGUUAGCAGGGUGCUACCUAGCAUUGCCUUUGUGCUGCGAAAAGAGGGUCUUGGUUACUUCUUAGUUCCAGAGCCUCAUGUCUGCUAAAGUGUGCUUAUUUAUCCAGCAACCCCCUUUGCUAUUGCUAGGGGAUCAGACUGUCACAUCUACCUCUUGCUUAAUUGGCUGGAAGCCAUUUAUGCAGCUGAUAAAGCAGUAUGUGUAUAUGACUUCCUUGCAGGCAAAUAAUUUAAAUUAUUGUUUCACCUUGAGGCUUCAGUUGUAGCUCAGGACGGCGCAUGAUACUGAAUUAGCCUUGACUGAACAUGCAAUUCCUUCCCAAAAUGCAGAUGAAGAGGCUGCUAAUGUCACUCUUUUGGGCAUAUACUGUGGGAUGUCUCCUAGUAAGUCUCCAUACCGCACUGUAAUAGGCAUACUGCAGUGUGGCUGACUGCCAGCUCCUAAUCUAUCACUUCUCUGUAGCUCACCACUAACAGUUCUCCAGUAGAUUUAUUGUCCUGGAAACGAAGCCUCCCCACGUAAUUAUUUUUGCCAAAGAAACAGAGGUUUCAUAGGAUCCAGCUUUGAGCACAGACAAUUGGGCUGAGUGUAAAUAAAUAGUUCCCUGCGUACAUGCAAGGGAACAACUACCUUGUGGUGGACAAGUGCAGAGGACAGAAGAUACAGAGCUGAGUUAAUGUCUUCAGGCGAACUCUGAAAAUUGUAGCUGACUAUUAACAGAGUCCUGUACUGUUCAAAGUAGUCUUAUAGUGUAGGAGGUUAAUACCAAGCCAGUAACAUGUGGUACACCUUGCCUGUAGGUGGAAAGGAACUAACGUGCUUUGGUGGAAAGCCGGGGGGUUCUGUGCGCUAUCAAAAAUGCAGAUCUGAGAGGAUGAACCUGUUCUCUGUGAGCUUCAAAAGUGCCCCAAGCAAGCUAGUCUGUGCUAGGACAGCGAGCAGUGUUUCGGCCCAAGGGCAGGGUUUGUGGCUGCAGGAGGGUUAAUACAGCCCAGUGUUACCUUUGGCCCACUGCAAACACCUCCCGUUGCCAAGGCUGCUCCCACAUAAUGCCCUUGUCUCCCACAUAAUGCCCUUGUUCCCUGGGACACGGCGUUGCCAGGCAGCCUCUCCAGCUGCGCAUCCACAGCUGCCUGCGGGCUGCAGUGUAAGGAGUCGGAGCGGUGGCUCUACCGCGACAUACCGCUCCUCUCCACAUACCUAUAGCUGGGUGAGAACAGCUCGUUUAUCAGAUUUUGCGAUAAGUCUGCCCCUUCUAGUUGGACUGGCGAGCCUGUUUCCCCUGUAGCUAGGCAGCACCUCUGCUUUGAGUCCGGGUCUGGCAAAAGAACGUCUGACCUGGCUGCGACAGACUUGAACGAGGAAGAAAAAGAGAGGACGCAAGGGAGUUGUGCGGAGUAAGGGGACGAUCGGGCGGCGACAACCUCAGCUGACAGAGCUUGUCAUUGACUGGGUAUUUUCUGAAAAGUCACAGAGGAGGAUUUUCCAUGUAGGGCGUUUCCAUCCCCUGUGUUGUCUGUUUCGGCUAUAAAAGCCUGUACUCUGCAUCUGCAAAUCAAACCCUGAAAUGAAGUUGAAAGGAGGGAAGCAGGAGAGCUCUGACUACGAUGGAGGCUCAAAGCAGAAAAUAACGCUUUGGCUUGCACUGGUAGUGCUGAUUUCUGCAUUAGGAUCUUCUUUCCAGUACGGCUACAAUGUGUCUGUUAUCAAUUCUCCGGCCCCGUACAUGCAAGACUUUUACAACCAAACCUACUUCAACAGGAGUGGAGUGCCUAUGGACAGUGGUUUCCAGAUGCUGCUCUGGUCUCUUACUGUGUCCAUGUACCCUCUGGGUGGCUUCUUUGGAUCCCUCUUGGUGUGGCCUCUGGUCAACAGCUGUGGGCGAAAGGGCACUUUGCUGAUAAAUAACAUCUUCUCCAUCACUGCUGCAAUCCUUAUGGGAACCUCAGAGCUAGCAAAAGCCUUUGAGGUAAUCAUCUUUUCACGUGUUAUCCUGGGAAUAUUUGCUGGUCUGGCUUCCAACGUCGUUCCCAUGUUCCUUGGAGAAAUCUCCCCCAAAAAUCUGAGAGGUGCUAUUGGAAUAGUACCCCAGCUCUUCAUCACCCUUGGGAUCCUUGUAGCUCAGAUCCUUGGUCUCAGAAGCAUCCUUGGGAAUGCUAAAGGCUGGCAUGUACUGCUGGGGCUUACUGGGAUUCCAUCGGCAAUUCAGCUCUUUAUAUUGCCCUUUCUCCCUGAGAGUCCCAGGUAUCUGCUGAUACAAGAGAGGACUGAAAAGCGAGCGCGACAAGUUCUGCAGAAGCUGAGAGGCUGCGAUGAUGUGGAUGAUGAGAUAGAAGAAAUGCGCCAAGAAGACCAGUCAGAAAAGGAAGGACAUUUCUCUGUGCUCAGCCUGUGCACCUUCAGAGGCUUGCGAUGGCAGCUCAUCUCUAUUAUUGUAAUGAUGAUGGGCCAGCAGCUCUCUGGGGUUAAUGCGAUCUUCUACUACGCAGACAGAAUCUUCCAGUCGGCUGGCGUGGACAGCAACAACGUUCAAUAUGUCACUGUGUUAAUAGGCGCCAUCAACAUUGUCAUGACUUCACUUGCUGUUUUCAUCGUGGAAUUCCUGGGGAGGAGAAUCCUUCUCCUUGCUGGCUUUGGAUUGUGCUGUGUCUCCUCUGCAAUGUUAACUUUGGCCCUCGCUCUCCAGACCGCUGUCUCAUGGAUGUCUUACCUCAGCAUCAUGUGUGUCAUUGUUUAUAUCACCGGACACGCUAUAGGAGCCAGUCCAAUUCCCUUUCUGAUGAUCACAGAGAUGUUCCUACAGUCAUCCCGGCCUGCAGCAUUCAUGGUGGGUGGGUCUGUGCACUGGCUAUGCAACUUCACCAUGGGGCUCGUGUUCCUCUACAUGGAGGCUGGACUUGGACCGUACAGCUUUCUCAUCUUCUGUGCCAUCUGCCUUGCCACUGUAGUUUACAUCUUCUUUAUUGUUCCUGAGACUAAGAACAAAACCUUCAUGGAAAUCAACAGGAUCAUGGCCAGGAGGAACAAGGUGGAAAUUCAGGAAGUCAAAGAAGAUCUUAAGGACUUCAACACUGUCCCAGACAGGCAGGCAGAGAUCACCUCCAGCAAGGAGCUGUGACCCAGCCUGGUGCUUGGCCUGGCCCAGACAGUUUUCAGGAUCUGUUCCGCAGGAGAACAAAUACACGGAUUCAUUGUUUGAUACUGAUUUAAUUCAGACCUUCUGUAAACUUCCCACAACAGGAGCUUCCAAAUAAGCGUUGUGCCUUGAGAGUGUUCUCCUUGUAAGUAAUUAGCAGAACCGUUCUGCUUCACGGCAUAGCCACUGCCAAGGCAAAUUACCCAUUCAUGGUGUUUGUCACAAGGAAAGGGCAAUGUCAUCGCUCAGCUCAGCUCCUCUGAUCAAGUAACCUAUGUCAUAAGGUGAUGUAUGUCCCUGAUGUCCUGACUGACACCUCUCAGGUGACACCAGCCAGCACUUGGGCUGGGUUUUGGUCAGUGGUGUGCAAGGAGUGCGCUGCAUUCCUCAGGAACUAUCAUUCAUAUAUUUGAGGGCCCAGCACGGGUGAUGCCAGGCCUUUGGUGCUCUGGGGUGAAGAGUGUGAGUUGUUCUGAGGUGCUUUGCUAGAUGGGCUGAUAAUGGCAUUUAUCCUGUCAGCCCUUGCCCUUCCUCCUUGUGCUUCAAAGGACAGCUGAACUGGAAAUGUGUAUCACUGUAAUUCACCACCACCCUGCUCCCCCACCUCUCUCCUUCACGUCAGACCUAGUCCUCAGCUGUUGCUGAUGAGUCCUCCCAAAGCCUUAUUCUUGAGGUUUAGGAGUCAUCCAUCUGGCUGAUGCUUACUCACAACCAGUUAUACCCAUUUGUUCCAGUGGCACGCAGGUCUUUGAGCUUUUUAGUUCAGUUCACUCCCUAGUGCUUACUCUUCAGCUGCCAAAGAGCAACAGUCCCUCUCUUAAUCCUUUAGUAACGCCCCCGUAUCCCUACUCUGUACGUGUGAGCCAGCUGAAGCUCAUUUGUCCCCCAGAGAUACAUCGUACUGAA